GGGAAGGAGGCCGUUUGUAGAGCACCAGGCGGAAGUGUGCCAAAGGUAUCGGUGCUGCCGCUUCCGGUCCGGGUAAACGCGGCUUAGGUACACAGCGUGGUUUGUGUCGUGCGAAGAUAAGCUUCUGAGGGCAAGUCACCGAGUGAAGAGGCGAGCACUGGAAUCUCAGAAGUCUGGAAUCUAGGGGAAACAGCGGAAAGGCCAGGAACCUGAAUACAAACUUACUGCUGUUUCCGAGGGGGCAACUUCCACGGGGAACCCCUCUGCCCUGGUAACGGCCAAAGAGGAGGAGAUGGCGCCAGUCAGGGAGCGGCCGUGGCCGAGACUGUGAGGAAGCGCCAAGGCGGAGCAACCCGGGAAGGCUAGGGAGAAGAAUCAGAAGGGUCGCUGCCGCCACCACCAUGGAAGGCGCAAAGCCGACACUGCAGCUCGUGUACCAGGCAGUGCAGGCGCUUUACCACGACCCAGAUCCCAGCGGAAAGGAGCGCGCCUCGUUUUGGCUUGGGGAGCUGCAGCGUUCGGUUCACGCAUGGGAGAUUUCUGACCAGUUGUUACAGAUCCGACAGGACGUGGAAUCAUGCUAUUUUGCUGCACAAACCAUGAAAAUGAAGAUUCAGACCUCAUUUUAUGAGCUCCCCACAGACUCUCAUGCCUCUUUACGGGACUCAUUGCUAACCCAUAUCCAGAACUUGAAAGAUUUGUCACCUGUCAUUGUAACGCAGAAGUGGCAAAGAUAUAGCAGUGAUGUAACUUCUCUGCCUUUUUUGCUGGAAAUCCUUACAGUGUUACCUGAAGAAGUACAUAGUCGUUCCUUACGAAUUGGAGCUAACCGGCGCACAGAAAUUAUAGAAGAUUUGGCCUUCUACUCUAGUACAGUAGUAUCUCUAUUGAUGACCUGUGUAGAAAAAGCAGGAACAGAUGAGAAAAUGCUUAUGAAGGUCUUUCGCUGUUUGGGAAGUUGGUUUAACUUGGGAGUUUUGGACAGUAACUUCAUGGCUAACAAUAAGUUACUAGCACUUCUUUUUGAGGUUUUGCAACAGGAUAAGACCUCUUCUAACCUACAUGAAGCUGCUUCAGACUGUGUGUGCUCAGCUCUCUAUGCCAUUGAGAAUGUGGAGACUAAUUUGCCAUUAGCCAUGCAACUUUUUCAGGGAGUCCUGACGUUGGAGACUGCCUAUCAUAUGGCUGUGGCACGUGAAGAUUUAGACAAAGUUCUGAAUUACUGCCGUAUUUUCACUGAACUAUGUGAAACUUUUCUUGAAAAAAUCGUUUGUACUCCAGGCCAAGGUCUUGGGGACCUGCGAACUCUGGAACUGCUUCUUAUCUGUGCGGGACAUCCUCAAUACGAGGUAGAGGGGGUUCCUGAGGAGACUGAUGAUUUUGGGGAGUUUCGGAUGAGAGUAUCAGACCUGGUGAAGGACUUGAUUUUCUUGAUCGGGUCUAUGGAAUGUUUUGCGCAGGCACAGAUAAUAAGGGAAAACAAUCCAACACUUGUGGAGGUCCUAGAAGGAGUUGUUCGUCUCCCAGAGACUGUACAUACAGCUGUGCGAUAUACCAGCAUUGAAUUGGUUGGAGAGAUGAGCGAAGUGGUUGAUCGAAAUCCUCAGUUCCUUGUGUUUGGCAUAUGCUUGAGCAAGGGCAGGGGUCAGGGUUCUGGGUCCACAGUGAAAUUGCUCUUCUUUCACUGUUUUGGGCUGUUGUCUUUUCCCAGACACACCAAUCCCAUUGUGGAAAAUGGACAGACUCAUCCGUGCCAAAAAGUCAUACAGGAAAUAUGGCCAGUCUUAUCAGAGACUCUAAAUAAGCACCGGGCUGAUAAUCGGAUUGUAGAACGUUGUUGCAGGUGUCUGCGCUUUGCUGUUCGCUGUGUAGGCAAAGGAUCUGCAGCCCUGCUACAGCCACUAGUCACACAGAUGGUGAACGUGUACCACGUACAUCAGCAUUCCUGUUUCCUGUACCUUGGCAGUAUCCUUGUGGAUGAGUAUGGCAUGGAAGAAGGCUGUCGGCAGGGACUACUGGAUAUGCUCCAGGCACUGUGCAUCCCCACCUUUCAACUCCUAGAACAGCAGAAUGGCCUCCAGAAUCACCCUGACACUGUAGAUGACCUGUUCAGGCUAGCCACCAGGUUCAUUCAGCGUAGCCCUGUCACCUUGCUGAGGAGCCAGGUAGUCAUCCCUAUCUUACAGUGGGCCAUUGCCUCUACUACCUUGGACCACCGAGAUGCCAAUUGUAGUGUCAUGAGGUUCCUACGAGACCUCAUACAUACAGGGGUAGCCAAUGAUCAUGAAGAAGACUUUGAAUUACGGAAAGAGCUGAUUGGACAGGUGAUGAACCAGCUUGGACAGCAACUUGUGAGCCAGCUGCUCCACACAUGCUGCUUUUGUCUCCCCCCCUAUACCCUACCAGAUGUGGCUGAAGUGCUUUGGGAGAUCAUGCAGGUUGACAGGCCGACUUUUUGUCGAUGGUUAGAAAAUUCCUUGAAAGGUUUGCCAAAGGAGACAACUGUGGGGGCUGUCACAGUGACACACAAACAACUUACAGACUUCCACAAGCAAGUCACUAGUGCUGAGGAAUGUAAGCAAGUUUGCUGGGCCUUGCGAGACUUCACCAGAUUGUUUCGAUAGCUCACACUCCUGCACUGUGCCUGUCACCCAGGAAUGUCUUUUUUAAUUAGAAGACAGGAAGGAAACAAAAACCAGACUGUGUCCCACAAUCAGAAACCUCCGUUGUGGCAGAGGGGCCUUCACCGCCACCAGGGUGUCCCGCCAGACAGGGAGACUCCAGCCUUCCGAGGCCAUCCUGAGGAGUUCCUGUUUUGGGGUGUGAGGGAAAAUCAGCGCGGUUUUAAAACUAUGGCUGUGGCCUGUCCAGCGUGGUGGGAGGGGAGCUGGUUUCCUGGUGAACUUGUUUCUAAAAGGAAAAGUAAUUGUAAGAAAAUAAAAAAG